ACGCCUACCACGUGGACUGCAUGAUGCGGAUCCGCCUGCAGUAUGAGAAGACCUGGCGGGAGUGCCUGGCCCAAGUGCAGAAGUGCAAGAAGCAGCUGCUGGACUGGAAGGCCUUCACAGAGGAGGAAGCAGAGAGCCUGGUGAGCCCGUCCUUCAUCCAGAUGGUGGGAGAUCUGCAGAGCAAGGCGGAGGAGGAGCUGGAGGCCUUGGAUAAAUCCUUCGAGGCUGUGGCGAAGCAGACAGAGCGGCAGAGCUCAGAUCUCUUCAGCUAUUUCCAGGAGGCUGUGCAGCUGUGGGAGGUACAUCGGAGCAUGCUGUUGAUGCAGGAGCUGGGGCUCGAGAAGAGGAUGGAGCAGCAGCGGCAGACGCACAGCCGCGAGAGCCAGGCCCAGGAGGCUCACCUCGAUAAGCUCUUGGACCAACUGAGGCAGCAAAGCUGUGAGAAUACCCUGAAGUUACACCUGGAAAAGGCCAAAGAUUUUCUGAAGAAUAUGAAAUGCAGGUGUGGGGUUCCUGACUCCUCAGAGAAUCCCUCCCCCGAGCAGGGAUCCCUGUCCCAAUUGCUCGUGAAUGCUUCGUGGGGCACCUGGCUUGAGGUGGAACUCAAGCUGUCGAACUUGGAGGGUGAAGUCAUUUUCCGACUGAGGGCACCAGAACCACAUGAAAAGCAAUUCCAGGAGAGAAGGAGAAAACUGAGGGGAAAACAAAGGCCUAAAGCAGACGCGAGCAAAGGGGAGGAAAGCUUAAGUAGGGGCACGAGUUCCCUCAGGCCAGUGGAAGAGAUAGAAGAAGCAGAGGAUCAAGAAAUCGAGUCCCCAGCCACUGCAGAGGUGGUGGUGAGCCCACAGGAAGAGUCUGUACUGAGUGAAGAGAUGGAUGAGUCCCGAGAGGACGCUAUUCCGGGAUUAGAAGAAAUGCGGGUUGAAGGAGACAGCUCCUUAAAAUCACCCCCGAACCAGGCAAACAUGAUGGUUCCUGAAGAAGAGGAGGAGGAGAAAAAGGAAAAGGUGGAGGAGGAGCGGGAGGAAGAGGAGGAGGAGCGGGAGAGUUCGUCUGUGGAGGAGGUCAGAGCCCAGGAAGAGAGUCUGGGAGCGGUCUCCCAUGAGGAAAUGGAGUCCUUCACAACGUCCAGUGGGAACACUUACUUUGUCUUCCUGCCCCUGGAACAAGAAGAGAGUAGCAAGAGGCCCCAUUCCAACCUUUCUGCCAUUCUCUUCAAUGACACUUCCAGUGCCAAGGUCCUAGAACAAGUGAUCAUUCCAUCCAGACUAGUUUUAGAAAUUAAGAAACAGCUUCGAGCUGGCUUUUUUGAGCACUUAGAGAAGUGGUUUGACCAAUGUGCCCUCAAUGCCCGGGUCAUCGUGGCCGCCAAGAUUGAUGAGCUGGAUUCAGAACUGGAGCUGCGUCUGCACCUGCACCAGCCAAGAGCCCAGCUCAUUGAAAAGGACAUCCACAACGUCAGGGCAGCCGAACUCUUGCUUCACCAAGAGCGGCUGGACAGCCACUGUGCGGGGGUGAUGGAGACGCUGAGGAAGGAGAGGAGGAUGUUCUGCCAGUUCCAAGAGGAGCAGAACAUGAGGAGCAAAGACUUCCAGCGCAAGAUUUACGACAUGGAGCACAUCUUCUUGAACGCCACCAAGAGCCAGAAGCUGGUCACUCUCAGCAGCACUCUGCACCGGGAACUGCUCAGCUACGUCGACGGCGUCCAGGUGUCCCUGCGCAGCUUCCGCCAGUCCCUGGAGGAGAGCCUGGGCAAGCUUCGCGACACCAACGUUGAGUUUGUCAGGCACUGCCGAUUGUUCUCAGAGGGAGGCAACUUUUCUUCUGAAGAAAUUGACUCACUGUGUCAUCGACUGGAGAAGGAAGCUGCCCGGAUAGAGUUUGUUGAAAAUUUAAUCAUGAUCAACAUGGAAAAGAUGGAGAGCGAGUACCUGGACCAGGCUAAUGAUGUCAUCAACAAGUUUGAAAGUAAAUUCCAUAACCUGUCUGUGGACCUUAUUUUCAUAGAGAAAAUCCAGCGGUUGCUGACAAAUCUGCAAGUGAAAAUCAAGUGCGAGGUGGCAAAAUCCAAUUUGCAAACAGAUGGAUUAAAUUCUUCUCUGGAACAGCUUCAAAGCAAGGUGCAAAUGCGCCAAAGCUCAAGGGGAGAUGAAAAAAUAGUGACCACAGAAGACCUCCUUGGCCUUGUUCGAACUUGGAAAGAAAAACUGAGCCAGAGGAUUCAGUAUCUCAACUGCAAGCUGGACAUGGUAUCUGUGACUCAAGUGGUCUUUACCGACGACAUCUUGACCAACCUGGCAGUAGAGAGUGACAUCCUGGUGUCUUCAGAAGCCCAUGAAGAAGAGGCCAAGGUAGACGUGGUCACCCCCGAGUCCUUCACCCAGCCGAGCCGCAUGGGGAGGUCCCUGAUUGAAGACCCAGCUGUGGAGGUGGUCAGGAGGAUCCUGCAAUUUCCUGACUCAAAAUGUCCAACCCAGCAGUGUGACAAAGAGCGGUCCCAAACAGGUAGAGGCAAACAGGUCUCAGGACACCGGUGGGGGCAGCUGGUGGUGCCACCCGGCCCCACCUCACCUUGGAUCCUCUGUUCUUGUCCUGGGUGCUCGUCACCCAAAGGCUUGAAGCGACUCCGGAGCCGGGCAGAGAACUCCGUGAAGAAGGGCUUGUCCACUGCCAGUGCCACCUUGGCAGCGAGCAUGACACGGUAUGCCAAGCCCAACAGACUAGAUAGAAAGUACCAGGUGCUCGGAGACAAGCCACCUCCUCCGGCGGAGGAUUUUAAAGGCAUCAUCCUGAGCCUCCUCUGGGAGAGCAACAAGCACCUGCUGACCGUGGUGGAGGAGUUUUACUGCAAAGAGAAGCGCUCAAUCACCAGGCCCGACUGCAUGUACGGAACCUUUGACCAGUGCGCAGAGAACAUCUGCAGGAAGAUCCUGGAGUACCACAGCCAGGCUGCUGAGUACCACAACUCCUGCCUCAUAGAAUUACGGGCCCAGAUGAGGAGAUUUGAGGAGCUAUUGCCCCAGGUGUGUUGGCUGGUGAUGGAAAAUUUCAAGGAGCACCACUGGAAAAAAUACUGCACCUCCACCAAAGAGAUCCGGGAACAGUUCUCGAAUUAUCAGGAACAGCUGGAGAGAAGGAAGGAUGAAAAUGCCCAGAAGCUCCACCCAAAUCUCGGACACCCCGCACAUUUCCAAGAAAUGGAGUCUCUGUGUCAAGUGGAAGAGAAAAGGCAGGAAGAUUUGGACACCAUGAUUGCGGUGACCAGGGAGCAGCUGGAGGAGCUCACCCGGAAGUACAGCCGGUUUUUCAUAGCCAGCUUGGCCGCCUUCACUGAGAAGUUCCUGCUGCAGUUGGAUGAGGUGGUCACCAUUGACGAUGUCCAGGUUGCAAAGAUGGAGCCCCCGAAACAGAAAACAUCAAUCCUAAUACGGAGGAAACUCACUGGGCUCUCCCUGGAGGAAGAGAGUGAGAAGCCCCUGAUUGAACGAGGGAGCAGGAAGUGGCCAGGAAUCAAACCCACCGAAGUCACCAUCCAACACAAGAUUCUCCUCCAGAAAACACCAUCAAUCACCACCACCAAAACGACCCUGGGCCACCUGGCAUCUGUGGAAGCUCGAGAUGCUAUCUAUUUGAAAUAUUUAGCGUCAUUUGAAGAGGAGCUGAAGAAGAUCCAGGACGACAGCACACUGCAGGGGAAGGGGGCUCAGCGCUGGAAGGACAGCUGGAAGCGCUCUGUGCGCACCGUCCAGGGCCUGUACUUGUGA